AUCAAGAGGAAAAUCGGAACGAGGAAGCAAAGAGGAGAGGAGAGGAGGGGAGAGGUUACGACAGGAGCAAAGCGAUGGAGCUGUGCUCGGAGGAGGCGAUGAAGUAUGUGUGGGAAGGAGCCAUUCCUCUCCAAAUCCAUCUCCACGAAUCUGACGUCACCACACUGCCGCCGCCGCCGCCCGCGCUGGUGUUGGGACCCCGUAUUGGGUAUCUGCCUCUGCUGGUGCCGAUCAUAAAGCCUUAUUUUAGUGGUGCACUUCCUCCAGGCGAAGAUACUGUUUGGUUUGACUACAAAGGGUUGCCUCUCAAGUGGUAUGUACCAUUAGGAGUUCUGUUUGAUCUUUUAUGCGCGGAACCAGAAAGACCAUGGAAUCUAACGGUUCAUUUUAGAGGAUAUCCAGGAGAAGUUUUGACACCUUGUGAAGGUGAAGAAACUGUGAAAUGGAGUUACAUUAAUUCACUAAAAGAGGCUGCCUAUGUCAUCAAUGGAAACAGUAAAAGUAUCAUGAAUAUGCCACAAGCAGAUCAGUUUGACCUUUGGCAGUCGUUGAUAAAAGGUGACAUGGAUGGUUAUCAUCGAAUCUCAUCCAGACUUAAGCUUGGACCUGUUGGUGAAGAUUGCAUUCUUAAUAGGGCAUCAUCUAUGCAAUCACGGCAAGCUACUGAUGAACCAGAAAUUGUUGGAUCUAAUAGACCAAGCAGACUUCCUGUAAGAUUAUAUGUUCGGAAUGUUGAUCAAGAUCUUGAAUAUUUAGAAGAUGUGCAGACGCUUGAUAAUUGGGACAGUGUUUCCUAUAUAAACAGAGCAAUUGAGUUCCACAAGGAAGGAGGCAAUUACAUGACACUGAAGCAUGCGAUGAGAAAUAUACUUCGAGAAAUCUUUAGUGAAGAAGCAUCUACUAAUGCUAAUGAACUUGAUGGAACCGAGGAAGCUGAUUCUGCAUACAGAGAUUUAGAAACCACUAGUAUGAAAAAUGAUUUAGUAGAAGAAUCAACCUUUGGAAGACAAGGACCAAAUAAAGGUACACUAGUACGCAUUCAAGGGAUUGAACCAGAUCUGGAUAUACCGUUCGCUUGGGUGGUUAAUAACCUGAAGAAUCCUGACUAUUUUCUUCAUAUAUGUGUUUAUGUCGGUACAUCUUCUAAAGCCAAAGCAAAAUGACUCACGGACAAAUUGCAGUAACAGACUUACACUUGGGAGUCCUUUGUCCUUUAGAUUAAAUUGCAGAUAAAAGUUAAAACAACAGAACAAGGGAAUCACAAAUGUUUAUAAUUCAUUUUUUUAUUCCUUUCCAGAUGUCAAUUUAGCUAACAGUUCUGAGCCAAUGUAAAGACUGCAACUUUGCUACAAAAUUGCUAUGUACAGAGUGUGAUAUUCUUAGUGUAAUUGCUUGAAUCAUGUGGAUUUCA